AAGGGGACAGGGGUUUUCAGGGCUGUCAUUUUAUAUCCAACUACCCAGAUUUAAAUUCUAAAUUCUAAAAAAUUCUCACUUAUCAAAUGCGAAAACUUAUUGUUCGGUUUUUUGGCAAAAAAGAGCGUUUUCAAAAAGUUCAGAGAAAUCUAGUAUCCGAAAUGGACAACAUGCUCGGUACGAAAGUCGAUCAUCCCCCCAACUUCAAUCCCGCGAUGGCACCGGACCUUCCCCAGAUUGUGUAUCCUGCGGCAAGGAGGGAUGUUUCCAUGGAGGAGAAGAUUCACGACUACCGGAUAAGGGACGUCUACCGAUGGCUCGAAAACCCAGACUCCGCGGAGACACAACAAUUCAUAAAUGCCCAGAAUGCCAUCAGUAAACCCUUCCUGGAGAAUACCCAGGAGUGGCAAGCUAUUCACGACAAGAUGACAAAGCUCUGGGAUUACCCGAAAUAUGGUUGUCCCUCGCGGCAUGGAAAAUUCUAUUAUUACUUCAAAAAUACGGGCCUCCAGAACCAAAGCGUCCUCAUGCAACAGGAGUCAUUGGAUGGCCCAGAGGUGGAGUUCCUUGAUCCCAACAGCUUGGCAGCCGAUGGUACCACAGCUUUGACUCAAAAGUCCUUCUCCGAGAACGGCGCCUACAUGGCCUAUGGACUGAGCGAACAGGGCUCCGAUUGGAUCAAAAUCCGGAUUCGCAAGGCCGCCGAUGGCACAGAUUUUCCGGAGAUCCUUGAAAAGGUCAAGUUCUCGAAUAUAUCGUGGACAAAGGACAACAGGGGCUUCUUCUACGGUCGCUAUCCGAACCAGGAGGGGAAAACCGAUGGUUCGGAGACAAAGCAGAACGAGUUCCAAAAAUUGUACUACCAUCGUGUGGGGAAAAGUCAGGGCAAUGAUACUUUGGUGGCCGAGUUCCCCGAGAAUCCCUCGUGGCGCAUUGCCAGCGAAGUCUCUGACUGUGGAAAAUAUCUUAUUCUGUCCGUAAGUCCCACAACUCGGGACAAUAUGGUAUUUUACGCCAAUCUGGAGCCGGGAAAGGAUAUAACAGAGAAGCUAGAGGUGAAGCCAAUUGUUGACAAGCUAGAUGCCGACUACGAGUAUAUAACGAACGAGGGUUCCAAAAUGUACUUCCACACCAACAAAGGCGCUCCAAAUUAUCGGGUGGUCAUCAUUGACUUUGCAAGCCCCGCCGAGGAUAACUGGACGACUGUGAUUCCGGAACAUGAGAAGGAUGUCCUGGAGUGGGCCUUGUGCGUUCACCAAAAUAAGUUGGUACUCUGCUACAACAGGGACGUGAAGAACAUCCUCCAGUCCUAUGAGCUGCACACCGGAAAAAUGACCGGACAGUUUGGUCUGGACAUUGGCACCAUAAAUGGGAUUUCCGGAAAGAGAAAAUACUCGGAGAUCUUUUACAGCUUCACCUCGUUCCUAACGCCUGGAAUCAUCUACCACUAUGACUUUGCCAAGCCAGUGAUGAAGCCGAAGAUCCUGCGGGAAACGCAUCUCAACUUGGAGGGCUUCAACCGGGACGAUUAUAGUGUGGAUCAGGUGUUCUACGAGAGCAAGGAUGAGACCCCAAUUCCCAUGUUUAUCAUACAGAGGAAGAGGUCCGAGGAUACUGUAAGCCCGCGACCAUGUUUGAUGUAUGGAUAUGGAGGAUUUAAUUACAGCCUGAUGCCGGUGUUGAGUAAUACGGGUAUCAUGUUUAUGGACACCUUCGACGGGGUCCUGGCCUAUCCCAACAUACGGGGCGGUGGCGAGUACGGCAUUGAGUGGCACAACGGGGGGCGGCUGCUGAACAAACAGAAUUGUUUUGACGACUUCCAGGCUGCCGCCGAAUAUCUGACCAAACAAAAGUACACAACCAAGGAGCGGCUGGCCAUACAGGGCGCCUCGAACGGCGGCCUCUUGGUGGGAGCCUGCAUCAACCAGCGACCGGAUCUCUUUGGGGCAGCCAUUGCCCAAGUGGGGGUCAUGGAUAUGCUGCGAUUCAACAAAUUCACCAUCGGACAUGCCUGGCAAACGGACUACGGCAAUCCAGGGGAGCGACAGGCCUUCGCCUAUCUCUACAAGUAUUCCCCCCUGCACAAUGUCCAGAUACCCCUGAAUCCCACUCAAGAGUAUCCCUCCACCCUGAUCCUGACUGGCGAUCACGACGAUCGUGUGAGUCCCUUGCACUCCCUCAAGUUUGCGGCUGCCCUGCAGGAAGCUGCUCGGCACUCGGAGUACCAAGUCAAUCCCAUUCUGCUGAGGGUCUACACAAAGGCAGGACACGGAGCCGGAAAGCCAACUAAGAUGCGUAUUAAGGAGGCCACUGAUAUAAUCACGUUUCUGCGAAAAACCCUGGAAGUUGAUUGCGUUAAUCUCUGAAGAGGAGAGCAAAUAGAGAAUGGGUUAAAAUGUCAGUCAUAAAAAUAUUAUUUUAAAAAUAUAAUAGUUAUUUUGGAUAGCCUUUCGAGGACCUUUAGAUUUUAA